GCGAAGUUGUUUCUUCUGAAAAUUUCUUACAUUCUCGCAUUUUUUACUUAAGUGAAAUGGCAGACAUUGUUAGUCUUAACUUUCAAAUCGAUGGAAACAAUAAUGAAAAUGAAGUUUUUACGAUUGAAAUUUCCAACGACAAAAAGGUUGACGCCCUUAAACCUAUCGUAAAAAAACGGUUGGCGCCUUUAUUUGAUACCAUUCCUUCUACUCAAAUCAAACUUAGUUUAACUCCAAAUGGUGGGUCUAUGAAACCAACGGUUAGAAUUUCUAAAUUUUUUAAUGGGAAUUCUGAUGAAAAUGAAAUUCAUGUUUAUGUAACCCCUCCCAAUAACUAG